AUGCUUAUAAAUAGAAUUCCUUGCUACGGGUACGAAGAUUUAAAAACAAUUAAUGGAGUUACAUAUGAAACAUUCCAAGAAGUAGCAAAAAUUCAUGGCUUUCUUAAUAAUAUAAAUGAAUAUAAAGAAGCAUUAGAGGAAGCACGUAAUUUUAAAAUGGCACCUGAAUUACUCGAAUUGUUCACAAUAAUAAUUUUGAACGGGGGACCUGCCAGAGUAUUGUGGGAUGAAUUUAAAACUUACCUAUCUGAAGAUUUCUCCUUAGGAUUCACUCCAGACUUGGCGAAUAACAAAGCUCUCUCUGAAAUAAGUCGUAUGCUCAGAUGCCAUGGCAGCUCUUUACAAAAAAUGGGUUUGCCAGAAAUAAUUGAUGAUUCGUCUGAGUUAGGAAGGGAAAGAUUACGCUGGUCACGUAAAAAUUGCAAGAAUUUUGUUAAGCAGUGGGAGCCCAAACUAAACGGUGAUCAACUACAAAUAUAUUUUGAAAUAAUUGACGUAGUGAAGAAUCAGCCGGAAAAUGGUCGCUCGAUAUUUAUAGACGGCCCAGCUGGGACAGGUAAAACAAUCUUACUUACCGUAAUAACAGCGAAGCUUAGAAGUAUGGGGAAGAUUGUUCUUCCUACAGCCACAACCGGGAUAGCAGCAAUAAAUCAUGAAGGAGGUAUUACAGCGCAUUCUAUGUUCAAACUUCCGCUCAAUAUACAAGAUGAUGCAAUAACUUGGGGCGUUACAGUUUCAAGUGAGCGGGCGGAAUUAAUAAAUGAAGCGGAUCUUAUAAUUCUGGAUGAAGCACCUAUGGCGCAUAAAAAUUUAGUUCAAUGCAUUAAUCUAGGCCUGCAAGACAUUACACUAAAAAAAAUUCCAUUUGGAGGGAAAAUAAUUUUGUUAGCGGGGGAUUUUCGACAAAUUCCUCCAAUUGUACCCGGGGCUUCCCCAAAAGAAAUUAUUUCGUCAUCGUUGCGAAGUUCAGCAUUAUGGCAGAACUUUUCGAUAUUGACUUUGUUGCACUCAAUGCGCGCAGUUCAUGAUGCAGAAUUUUCUGUAUUCAUACGUAGACUUGGGGAGGGAAGAAUUCCAUCAGUAAAACAAAAUGAUGGAGUAGAUCUUAUAAAACUUCCAAAUAUUCCAUUUGAGACAUCCGUUGAGAAAUUAAUAAGCUUUGUAUUUCCUAGAAAUAUAAUUGAAAACUCCAAUGAGUGCAGUAAACGAGCGAUAUUGUCUGGUACUAAUGUCUGUAUAGGGGAAAUAAAUAAGAAAGUAUUAGAAGUAUUGCCAGGAAAUCUGUAUCAUCUAUACAGUGUUGACUCUUCACUCCUUCCCCAAAGUACCGACCCAGCGCAUCAUUUAGGCCCGGAAAUCUUAAAUUCUGUUACACAACCAGGAGUGCCCGACCAUGACUUAGUUUUAAAGAAAGGGGCGUUAAUUAUUCUUACAAGAACUUUAAACUUCUCUGAGGGAUUAGUAAAUGGAACCAAAUUGAUUGUAACUAAAGUUACCAAAAUUUUAUUGGAAGCCCAAAAACCUUAUAGUAACAUUAAACAUUUAAUACCCCGGAUCAAUUUCAAAUUUUCCAUAGGGUGCCAAGGUAUGGAAAUGAUACGACGUCAAUUUCCGAUUAAAUUACCUUAUGCAAUGACUAUUAAUAAAUCACAAGGUCAAACACUUUCUCGCGUAGGAAUUGAUUUGAGAAAUGAUGUUUUUUCUCAUGGGCAACUAUACGUAGCAUUGGGUCGAGCCAGAACUAGAGCUGAAUUAAUGGUUUUGAUUCCCCCUGAGCGAAUUAUAAAUGGUACAGCACAUACUGUAAAUAUUGUGUAUCAAACAUUGGUACUGUAA